ACAUGCUGCUGUCCCGGCCCUAUCAGGGGCGUCUCCAUCCUGCUGCUGCCGCCGCCGUUGGCUUAGAGGACACAUCAUCUCCCCUUGAGGUCCUGCAUCCCUCCUGAGCUUCAUCCUCUCUCCUUUCUACCAGCACUUUCUCAAUCUCUCCUUCACCCCUGGUGAGGUAAGAGGAAGGCUGACCAUGGCAGUCGAGAGGAUCCAUGCCCGUGAGAUCCUGGACUCCCGUGGGAACCCCACUGUUGAGGUGGACCUGUACACACACAGAGGCAUGUUCCGAGCAGCGGUGCCCAGCGGCGCGUCCACUGGGAUCUACGAAGCGCUGGAGCUGCGAGACAACGACAAGUCACGUUUCCUCGGGAAAGGGGUCCUGCAGGCCGUGGAUCAUAUCAACAGCACUGUCGCCCCAGCUCUCGUGGGCUCUGGCCUCUCUGUGGUGGAUCAAGAGAAGAUAGACAAUCUGAUGCUUGAGAUGGACGGCACAGAGAACAAAUCCAAGUUUGGUGCCAAUGCUAUCCUGGGAGUUUCACUGGCCGUGUGCAAGGCAGGAGCUGCAGAGAAGGAUGUCCCUCUGUACCGCCACAUUGCUGACCUGGCUGGCAAUUCCGAUCUCAUCCUUCCUGUGCCAGCUUUCAAUGUGAUCAAUGGAGGUUCCCAUGCAGGCAACAAGCUGGCCAUGCAGGAGUUCAUGAUCCUGCCUGUGGGAGCUGAAAGCUUCCGUGAUGCCAUGCGCAUCGGGGCUGAAGUCUAUCACAACCUCAAGAGUGUCAUCAAGGAGAAGUAUGGCAAAGAUGCUACCAACGUGGGUGAUGAGGGAGGCUUUGCCCCCAACAUCCUGGAAAAUAGUGAAGCUCUGGAGCUCCUCAAGGAAGCUAUUGACAAAGCAGGCUACACAGACAAGAUUGUCAUCGGGAUGGACGUGGCAGCCUCCGAGUUCUACCGUGAUGGCAAAUACGACCUGGACUUCAAGUCCCCAGAUGACCCAAGCCGCUACAUUUCUGCAGAUGAGCUGGGUGACCUCUACCAAAGCUUCGUACGUGAUUAUCCAGUGGUCUCCAUUGAGGAUCCCUUCGACCAAGAUGACUGGGAGGCCUGGGCCAAGUUCACGGCCAACGUGGGGAUUCAGAUCGUGGGGGACGACCUGACAGUGACAAACCCCAAGCGCAUUGAGCGAGCUGUGGAGGAGAAGGCCUGCAACUGCCUCCUGCUCAAAGUCAACCAGAUUGGAUCCGUCACGGAGGCCAUCCAGGCCUGCAAGUUGGCCCAGGAGAAUGGCUGGGGUGUGAUGGUGAGUCACCGAUCCGGGGAGACCGAGGACACCUUCAUUGCUGACCUGGUUGUGGGACUGUGCACUGGGCAGAUAAAGACGGGUGCUCCCUGCAGAUCUGAACGCCUGGCUAAAUACAACCAGCUCAUGAGGAUUGAGGAGGAGCUUGGCGAUGAAGCACGCUUUGCCGGACACAACUUUCGCAACCCAAGUGUUCUUUGAACAUUGUCCCCAGAGCACAGCCACCAUGCUGCUCCUUCCCACCUCACAGACUCUGAAGCACCCUUCCCUCUACUGUUCCCUUUUUUGCUCUUUCUUCUCUCUCUGCCACCCGGUUCCCUCUCACCUCAGAGCCCCUCACGUUCAGGUGUCCCUGGCUAGAUGUACCAAGGUGAAGGAUGACAGAGAAGCCUACACCCUGUCCCUCGCUUCAGGGUCAUAAGCAUUUCAGGAUCUAGGCAUUGUGUGUCUUUUGGGUUUUGUCUUUUUUUUCGUGCAGGGUCACACCUGAGCCACCCUUGUUCACGUGUUAGAUGACAGCAGAGCAUGCUGCCCGGUGUGUGUCCCUUGUACGCCGAAGCACGUGCAGUGAUCAUGUGUACGUUGGCUGGUGU